AUGAGACAUUGGCAUGCAAUGGAUAAAGAUUUGGUGACUGUCAUGUCAGUUCAAGGUUCAGAGUUCUCUAAAGAAGACCAUGACUUCAGAAUGGGUGUUGACAUAGAUCCUCGUUCUAUUGCUCUGCCUUAUCUUCGCAACAGUAACAUGAAAAUCUCUGAUGCCGCUACCAGCUUAUCAAGAGACAAUCUUCAACUUUUUUUGCUGGGAUAUCCUAUUAAUGAUCAUGAAAGCUGUUAUGAUCACAAGGACUUGGCGUUAGAUAGCAUCAGAAUUGACAAAUUCAGUAUCUGGGUUCGCAUGCAUGGAGUUCCAAUCUCAAUGAUGAAGGGGUUGCAGAUGUUGCAAGCAGAGUUGGAGAUGUGGCUCUUAUCAAAAGAGAUUUUUCUCUUUAAGGAAGGCUACUUAUGUCAGGACAAAGCUGAUAUUAAUGCCGAUUAUUUUUAUAACGAUGACCUUCAGACAUGGAAUGACUUGCUUCCAUCAUAUCAUAUCACUGGUCCAUCUGGUGCUAUAUCAACUAUUUAUUAUGAUUCAAGUAGAAUGGCAGCACCAGCAGCAAUGGAGGACUUAGAUUCCAAAGUUAGAGAACAGAGGGUUGAUAUGGAGGAUCUUUACCAGGAUGACUCUAGCUCUUUUUAUGGUAACUUUCAUUCUCUUCCUUCUACUUUUUAUGAAACAGAUGAUUUGUUGAUUUUUGAGUCUUCUAGUCAGAUUCAUAUUCCUGCCUUUUUCUAUGCUAUCCCUAAAACUCCUCAUGAUAAGGACAUGUUGUCAUACGCAAGUCAUGUUCCUAAUGUUUUUGUUCCUAAUCCGUCGGAUUACCCUCCAUAUCAAGACUUAUCACCCACCUCUAUUUUUAACGGUAUCCUUUCUAGUAGCUCUAUUCUAGAUUUUAGUCUAUCUAGGGAGAUGAAUAGAGCUGUUUACUUCUCUUUGGAGGGUCUAGUGAAUCUAAGUCUAGAACAGGUUCAUCUCUUAAAACUAGCGGAAGAUGGUUCAAGAAGAGUCAGAAACAAGAUGUGGUCAAUGGCUGUUCUGGAUCAAGUAGUCCACUGGGAUCAGGUUUGUAAGAAGAGAGCUAAGAAGAACGGAAAGUCCAACAAGCAACCCUCCCUUGCAUGGCGCAUGGAAGUUGACAGUGACUUUGAUCUUGACUAUGAGGCUUCCAUUAAUAGCGGGAACAGGGCUUCAUCAGAAUCAGAUGAGAUCAACCGUCUUCACCAUCAUGAGUAUUCUUGGAAUUGUAGAGGCAUCAACAAUGCUUCUACAAAGCAAUGUUUAAGUAGAUUUAUUAUGCAUUAUAAGCCUGUUCUAUUGUUUUUAAUGGAAACUAGGACAAACUCUAAGACUAUGGAACUUUGGCAAGAAUCUACUACUUUUAGUAACUCUUUUGUAAUAGACUCGAUAGGCUCUAGUGGUGGAUUAACUCUAUGGUUAAAUGCCGUGAAAUUAGAUGUUGUGCAGGAUGAUGCGAAUGAGGUUCUAACAUCGUCUCAGGUACAAGUUAUGACUCAUCCUUUUACAUCAACAGAGAUAUGGACACGAUUAAUCAGAUGGCUCCUUGGAAAGUACCAAGUCCAGAUGACGUCUCCUUCAGCGGAUGAUCUAGAUCUCUUCCUCUUGAUCUUCUGGAAAAUAUGGAUUGAAAGGAAUGAUAAGGAUCUUGAUUAUGUGAGACGGGGUCCGAGCAUAGAUCUGUUGUAUGGCCCUGAUAUCAUUAAGCGGAAGCAAGGUUCUACUGAGAGGUGGAAGAUGAUAUCUAGAAAGGAGGUUCACGAAUUACUCUCAAGGGUACAUUCUAAGCGUCUAGAAGAAUGCUCUGUUGAGGAUAUAGAUGCUAUGAUUGCCAGUCUGGUAGCAUGUAUCAAGAAGCUGUCUGAGGAUUUCUAUGAUAUAACUCUGGAUGUUUUGAAGGUCGCCGAUAGAGUCAGACUAAGACAACUCAGGACAACUCAGGACCGCUUCCGCAGGAGUCUUACUUUGAAAGGUCAGGAGGAAUCUGUUGCUAAUAUGGGGGAGAGCUCUAUUUAUUGUGGACAGUGA